CAAAAUUCAGUCGACCAUAUUGAAGAUUCGUUCGGAGUCUCAUUCAUACAUCUAAUACGAUUCGUAUACAAACCGAUGGUUUGUGUAAUGUUUGUGAAGUGAAUAAAAUUCACAAUUUUAUUCCUUUUUUUACGGCAAUAAAAUAAAAUCAAACGUAAAACAUUGAAGACGAGAAAUUUUAAUCAAUUAACAAUUGUGUAUUAAAUUAAAGAGAACAGCGGCAGUUUUUUUUUCUCUCUUUUUUUAAAAAAGGUGAAAUUCUAAUUGUCGUUCCAUUAAAAUGGAACUUCACCGACGGGACAGGUCAGAAUAGGACGUCGAAGUGAACUACAUUUGAAACUCGUUUUAAUUCAACGACCAAAACAAACGAAAAAAAAAACAAACUAAACGGAAUACAAUAGCAAACGGGUUUUGCCAAAUCAACCAACAUGUGUGAUCAAACCGAAAUCAAAUAUGUUGACGGCGAUAUUGUCUGGGUUAAAUUUCACAAUUUUUGGUGGCCAGGCGAAGUGCAUGGUGAAUCAAAAUUACCGCACGGUUUACUGAAAUCAUUUCGGCGUCAACCCGUUGCAGUUGUGAAAUUUUUCCAAGAGAAUGCCUACGAAUAUGUAAAAACAAUCAACGAUAUCUACCAAUAUAAUUGCAUUCGAAAGCAUGAAUUCAUCAAAAAAGGAUUGGAUUUGCAUCGUGCAAAAAAGCGUAAUAUGGAAAAAUUUCCGCAAGAUGUUCGAAUUGCUGAAGAAAAAACCGGCGGCGAUCCAGAUAUUAUUGAAAGUGAAGAAUUUCAACCGGAACAAAAGCCAAAUAUUGCAAACAUAUUUGGAGAUCAAACGCCAAAAAUGAAAAAAGGGGUUGGACGAGGCCGAAGGAAAGCCACGCCAAGCGAUGAAGAUUUCACAUACAGUCGAACCAAGAAUUUGUCGUUGAAAGCAGCGCACACAACUCCAACAUUAUCUGCAUCAAAAUCAUAUACUUCGUCUUCAUUGGGGGUGAAUCGUACGGCAGCCAGUUCCAGUGCAAGUGCCAGUGCAAGCAGCACCUCUACACCGAAUCCGAAUGAAUUCCACUGUCAUUUAUGUAACUUUUCAACAACUCGACUCAAUGUGAUUGUUUUACAUAAUAAAACACACACAUCGGAGAGUAGAGUGGUUGAGCCUUCACCAGCAGCAGCAAAAGCAAAGAAGACACCGGUUGCAACACCAGCACGAAAACCGGGAAGGCCGCGAGGAAGAAAACCGAAGAAAAUCUAUGUUGAACCUAUACCGGUGGAUACUGAUUUUGAUAGUGCAUCGGAAGAUCGCAUGACACAAAGUGACAGUGAAAAUGAAGCGAAACAGGUGAUAGUAAAAGCUAUAACAAAACCAUCGCCGAAAAAACGACAAACAAAAACAAAAGCGGCGGUAAAAACGGCAGAACCGGUUGAAGAAGAAGCUGAUGUAAUGAUUGAUAGUGAUGUUGAAGAGAUAGCAGAAAAAACAUCAGUGCCAAAAGUAGCAAGUCCACGUAAAACACAAAGAUCGACAAGGAAGAAACAAUCAACUGUGCAAGAGAAUGAUCAAGUAGAAGCGAACUUAGUGGUUGUGGCAGAAAUUGAGAAAUCACCCGAAGAACCGAUUGAAAUUAAAUCGAAACUUCUGGCUGACUGGUCGGAAGAUGAUGAUGACAGUAUGGUUUCGGCGAGCAAAGAGGUGACAAGCGAAUUGGAUGAAAUAAAAAGUGUUCUAUCGUCACCUAACCAAAGUGGUGAUGAAAAACAACCGAAACAGCAAACGAUUCGAAACAUUCCAAAAAAAGAUCGCCGCGGUAUCAUUUUGGAUGAAUUUUAUACAAAACAAGUGCCAAGCACAAAUGAAACCGAUACUGAAGGUGAACAACAAAAAGAUGAGACUGUUGUCAUUGAAUCGGAUGAAGAGAUCUUUGAUAUCACCGAAGAUUUGCCAAAAGAACCGGAAAUUGGCAGUACAACUGAUGAAAAACCACCAAGUAGCCCUGAGGUUGAAGCAAUUGAAACUGAAGAUGAUGUUGUGCAUAUUGAGCACAUUGAGCACAUUGAAGAUGAUGAAGAUAAUGAGCACAGCACAAAUGAAGUUGUAGAAAGUACCACUACAGAUAACAUCAAGACCCCAGUGAAAGUACCGGACGAAGAAGAUGAAAAGAAGGACGAAAUAGACGUAAAUUUAUUGAAACAAGGUGCCGAUUUGCUUGAAGAAACUAGUCAAUUGCAAAAGAAUAUUGAAACGGUUGGAAUCAUUGAGAAGAAGCGACGACUACUCAAUAAGCACAAGAACGAUGAAGACUUAGAUAGCAGUGAAAAUGCUAGAAAUUCAUCAAUUGAUGAAAGCAUUGAAGAGACCCAUACUCAGCCCAUUGAAAUUAUCGCCAUUGAACCAGAGCAACCGGUGGAUGAAAAACCAAUAGCAAGAAGGCGUAGUUCGGCCACAGUUCAAAUGACAACCCAAACAGUGACUAAAACAUACCGAUCAAAUUCAAGGCGUAAGACCAAGUCAUCAUCGACGAGUGGCGACGAGAAGGGCCAAUUGCAAUCAAAAGAAACUGAAGAAAGUUCAAUAAUCAAAGGUAACGGUACGCCAGAGAUUCUACCCAAAAUAGCUGAAGACAUUGAAAUUAAACCAAUUGAGUCGACAAUCGCUGACGACCAAAAUGUUGUCGAGACAAACGACAUAAAACCGGAUAAAAUGGAUGUGGACGAAACGUCGCCGAUGAAAUCCGAUCUAGAUUCGUGCAAAACUGAAGUCGAUUGUUUUGAUUUCAAAGAGGAAGAAGAAGAAAUGCCACAAACAUUAAAUCGUCGAAAACGACGUUGCUUACCGCCCGGAAAAGUCUUUGAAUUACAGACAAUUGAUAAAUUGGAAGAGAUUCGAAAGCAAGAAGAAAAUGAACAGGCGAAACGCUUAAAAAUUGAACCUGAAGAGACAAAGGAAACACCCGUGCCCAUGGACGAUAUUAAAAGUGUUUCAAACGAUGAUAUAGCCACGCCGGAAAAACAAAUUGAAAAACAGCAAAAGGAUGACGAUAUAAAAGAUAACAAAGCACUCCCGCCAAAAGAAAGGGGAAAACGCAUUUUUAAGUCAAGGAAUCGAAGUCGUUUGUCGGAGGGAGAUUCAUUUUCAAAUGAUGAAAAAUCUCCCACCAAGGAUGCCAAUCAAAGUUUUGAUUCGAUUGAAAAAUCGUUUGCCGAUUCGACCAUGGAAAGUCCAAAAAUAACCGAAAUUGAAACAGUGCCGAUCGAAUCAGUCGCCAAAGAAGAAGAAGAAGAGGUCAACUCUUCUUUUAAAUCGGAAGAAAGCCAAAUUGAAUCUGAAGUGGCAAACACACUGAUCACAUUGACCAAUUCACCGAUAAAGGUCCCCGAAUCCACCAUCGUUACAUCAAGUGAUAAAGAUGUGCCGAGUACUGAAGUUCAAGUGGAAUUACCAAAACCGAAGGAUUCGCCGCAAAAGACAGAAGUUAUUGUUGUCGUAGAGCCAGAAACGCCGACCAUUUCAAGGAAUCUUAAAACAACCGCAGAUGAAACACCCGAAGAAAUUGUGAUGGAACAGCCAAAAGAAUGUGCCGUAAUAAAUGUAGCAGUUGCAAAAAAGCGAAAAUCUAUCAAUGAAAAUGAGGGAACAAAUAGUGAUUGUGAAUUAACAGCAACUCCAAACACGCCAAUAAAACAAUUGAAAAUCGCAGAUAUUGUGGAAAACACAACACAACAAGUGAAUAAACGAUCAAUUGUUAAACUAAAUGUGGCUGAGACUAGUAGUCAAAUUAGAGAUGCUGGCGACGGGCUUCUGAUUAAAACAAAUCCAAAUGUCAUUGUUCCAAAAGUUGUACCGAGCGAAAUAAGUGCCGUAAGCUCGACAUCAUCAGCGUCACAAAAGCACCAACAGCAACCACAACAACAAACACAAAAACAAACACAAUCACAAUCACAAUCACACCCGCAGCCGCCACAACAACAUCAACAGCAGCAGUCGCCGCAACAACAGCAGCAGUCACCGCAACAACAGCAACCGAAGAAAAGUCCGAGAAUGAGUCAAAAAAGUAAAAAAGUUGCUGUCACAAUUGGUUACGAUUUGCAAGGAAAUACAAUUGUCACCUAUCGCAAACCAUCAGAUAGACCGGUCGUACAUUUGCCGUCGCACAUACAAACACCAGACAUGGUACAAUCGGUUAAUCCGGCUUUGCUCCAUACCGCAAAAUCGAAUUCAUCCACACAAUUUGUGAUAACGAGCAAGGGUGCUUUAAUCAAAACUACAUCCAAUACGAUUACCACACAAACAGCAACCACAUCGAUAUCGGCACGACCAUUAAGCCAAGUGGUUCGUUCAAGUGCAUCAACAUCUUAUUCGCCGCAAAUAAGAUCACCGCCGAUGCCAACCAUUCAUGUUCAAACACACCAAUCGAUCAAUCCACAUUUGAUUCACAAACAACCGUCAAUGGUGCACAAACAAACAAAUCAACAAUUUCAAAAGCAACAAUUUAUCCAGCACCAAUACAAAGCUGGUGGACAAGUGAAGCCAAAGAUCACCACAAACAUCGUGCAACAUCAGCAAUCAAUUAUUCAAAAGCAAAAUGUGAAGACACCAAGUAGGCCGAAUAAAAAACAACAAGAAAUGCUAAUGCGUAAACAGCAAGAGAUGCAAGCGAAUGCAAUUGCCGAUCAAGCUCAACCAACCGAAGUAUUGCAAAAUGCCGAAGAUAAUCAGCUAUUAGCUGUGCCAGCCGAAAGUUUUAAUGGGCCGGAAGGUGCAUUUUAUCUCUGCCGUAUAACCGAACAACAAGAAUAUGUCCCAAUCGAUCAUCAGCCGUUGUAUUUGGAUGAGAAAAAUCAAUUGAUUCCGGGCAGUUUAAUAAAUGCCGGCAUUCAAGAGGAACUUAUUGAGGAAACGAUGGUUCCACAAGCGUCACAACAAUUCGAAUAUCAACAAGAGCAAGUCGUUCAAAAUGUCGAAGAACCAUCAAAUUUCAAAUAUAUACUAAAUGUCGAUGGCCAACAAAUCUUACUCGAUCAACAAAGUCUAUUACAAUUAACGUCCGGCGGUGAAAUGCAACAAAUAGUCACAGCAGAUGGUCAACGGUUGAUUUUGCAAGGUUCACCGCAAGAUAUACUCGCCGCCAUCCAAUCAAAUCAACAAGAGCAAAUUAUUAUACCGGAAGAUAUGAUUGAAGAAGAUCCAAACAAUCAUGAUAUUUUGGCAGCCGCCUUAGAAGAUACCGGAGUUUUUCCACAAGAACAGUAUAUCGGUGAUGUGUUGCAAAUUCAAACGGGAAAUGGCAUUGAAGUCGAUCCGCUUGCAUUUCAAACAAUAAAUCAAGCAGCGACCAGUGAAACGAAUGCUAUUUUACCACCAAUCAUGUCGACAUUGGAGCAACCGUCAAAAAGUGAUGUUGCAUCGCCGAACGUUGAUUGUUCGAAUCUCGAUGAAAGUCUUGCUGUGAUUGGUGUUACAGUACCAUCAACAAAUGUGCCAACUUCGUUAGAGCUCCCAAUAACUAUAACUAAUCCGGCAAUUGCACCGAAAUGUACAACCAGUGCAAUUACAACUAUUUAUCCAUCAAAUGUACCAACAACACUUCCACCGCAGGCAUUACAAACUAGUCAUAUGUCGAUUUCAAGUGAUAUUCUCCAUGCAGCAGGAUCAUCAUCCAUAGCCAGAAGCAAUAGUGCACUUAGAAGGGGCGGUUCAUCGUUGGAUGGUUCGAGGGCCGAAGCCCUGCUUAUUCAAGACGAUGAGAAUUGCGAGAUUGUUCCAAAUACACCAGAAUCGGCAACCGUCUAUCGAAUCGGAAAGAGAUGAGACAGAAAAUGGAGACACAGCAGACAGACGACAACAUAACAAUAGCCAUGAACCACCAUUAUCACCGCAAGAACUACAAGAACAACAGGAAAUCCAUAAUACAGAAAAUAGUCGAUCCGAUGUCGUUGAUUCACUGAUCCUAAACGAAAAUUCAUUCGAUCAUCACGAUGCUGCCCUCUUACUUGCCGCAAAUAGUAGACCCGGCUUUCAGGCAAUUACAAUCGAUAAUAAUCACGAAUCGAACGCAUCUCAUACUAAUCGAAAUACACGUAGGAAUAGACAUAGAAAUACAAAUCAUUCAAAUGUAACCGCAUCGAAUGAAAAUGAACCACACAUUUUUAUUAUUGAACAGCAUAUGAUUGGAAACAGUGAAUACGACACGGACGACGUUGCCAACGUUGAAAAUUUCAACAGUUAAAAAUGCUCUCAUCAUUUUCUUUCUUUAAAAAAAAACAAUCAAAUCGACACAAAAGAGAACAAGACACAUAUUCUUUGUAAAAUUAAUAAAACUAAUUGUAUAAACGAACCGUUGUAGUAAGUUGUUAUGUUGGAGUCUUUGCAAAAAACUUACAUUUUGAACAAAUUUAUACUUACAAAAUAUUAGGCCAGUUUAUUAAAACUAUAAAACCAAAAGUAAGCUCUUGAAUUAUAGGCAAAUGCCAUCGUUUCGAAUUAAAGAGUGUUUUUUUAUGAAAAGACAAUUCAAGUGAUUAACUAAAAAAAAUGAAUGAUAUUUAGAGUAUGGUGCGAAUAAAAUAAAAGAAGCCGAAUAAGAAUGUAAUGAAAGACGAAAAAAAGUUGAUUUAAUUGAAAGAAUAUAUAUAAUGCUUGCCUGAACGUCAGCAUUAAGAUGAAUUAGCAUAAAGAAAAUCAUAGCUUCUGAACUAAUUUGAUUAGGAACGUAGUAAUGAUGAUGAAUUACUUUGGAAAAUGAAACGGAAGCGAAAUCGUAAAUAAAUACAAAUUCUAUGAAUAUCAUGAUGGUAAUGUCCUUUUCAAAAUUACUAAAAGAAAUUUUGAUUUAUAUUCUCGAUCGAUUAUAGAAAAAUUCUUUCUAUUGAUACCAAAUUUAUUGAUACGAUUAUGUGUAAAUAUCGAUGCAAAUGAUUAACCGAGUUUAUAUGUGUAACACAUUUUGAAUCGAAAUUCAUUGACGAUGAAAUACAGAAAAACUAAAAUAAUGAUUCGAACAUAAAUUCGGCUAUUGGAUAAUAAUUUUUGCUUGUGUUAAAAUAUGCAUUAUGUUUAGUGAAUAAAUUCUCUUGGUAGCACAUUUCGACGACGUAAAUUGACGACAAAAAAACUUAUUUAAUCGAGUCCCUAUAAACGAAUGAAAUUCUUGUAAAACUAUUUUUUGUGACCGCUCGAAUAUUUAUGUCCAUACGUGACAGGAUUUCUUGGAUAUCCCAUAAACACAUAUGAAUUAUAAAGAAAAUGAUACAAUAUUUUUUUCUCUCGUAGUUAAUGAAAGAAAAAUCACUUAAACUUUACAAUGUCAUAAAUAAUGUAUGAGAAUAAAGUUUGAACCAAAUCAUAUGUAGCAAACGAAAAA